AUGCUGGGUACAGAUUUCUUUAAUUUUGGACAACUUUUCUGGUCCUUCGGUGUCGCCUUUGUCGUUUUUGUGGUGUAUAAGGUUGCCAAUCUCAUAUAUGACGAAUUUACGUCCUCCCUGCGCGACCUCCCUGGCCCUCCAAGCAGAAACUUCAUGUUCGGAAAUAUGCAGGAAUUAGGGUUAACGAAAUGGGAGCAGCAAUAUGGGAGCACGAUCAAGUAUAAGGGAUUUUUCGGGACAACGUAUUUCUAUUCUACGGAUCUCAAGGCUAUGAAUCAUAUUCUCAUGAACAACUAUGAAUUCCUAAAGCCCAAUCCCAACAUCUACAUUUUCAAGCGCAUCCUUGGAGAUGGACUAGUCUUCGCGGACGGCGACGUGCAUAAGAAACAGGUCAGCACUUUUUGUCAUAAGACGACUUCUCGUGAGAUUCUUCACCUUUACCUUGACUACGCCACAUUGAAUUAUUGCCGUCUCAAGAACCCAGGAUUUGCACCUCAGCAAAUUAGAGAAGUAACAGAUCUAUUUGUCGAGAAGACGGCUGUGUUGCGAGACAUAUGGGCAGAGAAAUUGAGCCAAAAGAGCUCGGAAGAGCCUGAAGUGAUCGAUGUUUUAUCGUGGUUUAGUCGUCUCGCCCUUGAUAUAAUUGGUAUUGCGGGAUUUGAUUACAACUUUGACGCUCUAGUAGAUGAUCCCAGCAAAAAUGAAUUGGGCAACGCAUUUGCUAUCACCUCCAACGUAGAAGACAGAAUCAAUUUCAUCGGCUUUCUCAAAUUUAUCUUUCCAUCUUUGUCUUUUCUGCCAGGAGAUGCGGACCCCGAGGGAAAGAGGGCUGCUGAUACUUUGUACCGUAUUGCAGCUGAGCUGUUGGAAAAAAGCAAGGCUGCCAUACGCAAGGCCGACGGCAAAUCGACUCUGUCCCGAGAUAUCCUUACUCUGCUCGUGCGCGCGAAUGAAUUGGACGAUGUUCCCGAGUCCCAGAGACUUACUGACAAGGAAGUAAUAGCUCAAAUUCCAACUUUCCUAAUCGCUGGUCACGAGACGACUGCAGUUGCACUCGCUUGGAUGUUUUACGCUCUUACUCAAAACAAGAAUGCUCAACGAAAACUUCGCGAGGAGGUGUCCAACGUGGCUACUGACAAUCCUUCGAUGGAUGAGCUGAACGAUUUGCCGUAUCUGGAUUACGUAGUACGAGAGUCGCUGCGACUUCACGGCCCUGUGCCAGCCACGUCGCGUGUUGUUGGGCAGGACACGUUUGUACCUCUCAGCAAACCAGUCGUAGAUAAGAAAGGUGUUGUACACAACGAGAUCAGGCUGCAGAAAGGGCAACGCGUAAUGGUACCAGUGAUAGUCGUCAAUCAAGCAAAAUCGAUCUGGGGAGAAGACGCUUUGGAAUUCAGGUCUGGUCCUGACAAGACUAUAUGCGAAGACCCGAACGCUGGGAAAAUAUUCCAGAAGCCGCAUCCAGUAUUCCUGGAAUAUGGGGUAACAGCAUGA